AUGUCAGUUGAACAAGCAACAGUACAAGAACAACCUGAGGCUAAGGCUGUUGAUGUUAAUGUAGAAGGUGGAUCGGAAAAUGUCCAAACUGAAGUUGAUGAGCAGCUCCAAGUAACUCCUGUUUUGGCAACUAAGGGAGGUAGAGAGACUUCAGAUCGUAUCUUAUAUGUAGGCAAUCUGGACAAAGAUAUUACUGAAGAGCUGUUAAAACAGUACUUCCAGGUGGGAGGCGCGAUUGCAAAUGUGAAAGUUUUGGUUGAUAAAAAUAACGAGGAGGCCAAUUAUGCUUUUGUUGAGUACCACCAGCCUCAUGAUGCUAACGUGGCUUUCCAGACACUAGAUGGAAAGCAGAUUGAAAACAACGUGAUCAAGAUAAACUGGGCAUUCCAAUCCCAGCAGGUAUCUUCUGAGGACACCUUCAAUUUAUUUGUUGGCGAUCUGAAUGUUGAUGUUGACGAUGAAACUUUGAGCAGCACCUUUAAGGAGUUCCCCACUUUUAUCCAAGCUCAUGUGAUGUGGGACAUGCUUUCAGGCAGAUCUCGCGGAUAUGGUUUCGUUUCCUUUGGAAAACAGGAGGAGGCCCAAAACGCAAUGGAUGCUAAACAGGGGUUUAACCUUAACGGUAGAGCGAUCCGUAUUAAUUGGGCUUCGAAGCGUGAGCCACAGCAACAAAAGCAACGCCCUCGCUCUAACCGUGGUGGAUUUAGGAAUAACAUUCCUGGACACCAACAAUUCCGUGGCCCUCCUCCCCCACCACAGGUUGCAAUGAAAGGGUCGCCUAAUGCACCUGGGCCAAUGGGAAUGCAUCCACAAGGUAUUCCUCCUCAGGCACAUCCCGUCCCUCCUCCAGUCAACCCUCAAGCCUUGGACAAUAUGCUCAGAAGAGCUCCACAAAGAGUUACUACUGCUUACAUCGGAAAUAUUCCGCACUUCGCUCAGGAGCCCGAUUUGAUCCCAUUGUUGCAAAAUUUCGGCUUCAUCAUUGACUUCAAGCACUACCCUGAGAAAGGCUGCUGUUUCAUCAAGUACGACACUCACGAGCAAGCUGCCGUUUGUAUUGUAGCCUUAGCCAACUUCCCAUUUCAGGGAAGAAACCUAAAGACUGGCUGGGGUAAGGAGAAACCUACCUUCAUGCCAAAUGGCAUGGUUCCACCCCAACAUAUGCAACAUCAAUCACAACCACACACCCCUGUUGAAGAUACAGUCGACAGAGUACCUGAGCAGUUCCCAGAAACACCAGAUAUGUCUACUCCAGCAGAACAAGAGGCUCAGGGAUGA